AUGACGUCGGCAGCAUCUGAAUCUGUAGCUACAAUUCUCUGCAACUCCAAGCAGACGCGAUUCCAGAUCACAAACCAUCGCGAACUCGAUAUCGACGGUGUGAACAUCACUGUAACUUCAGGCGACAAGCCAGUUGGCAAGGGAAAGGCCAAAGGGAAAAGUGAUGGCGUCGAGAUUCUUUCUGCCGCUAAACUUCGACUUAAAGAGGGCCAGCGAUAUGCUCUUGUAGGAAGAAAUGGAACUGGAAAGUCUACUCUUCUCAAAGCUAUUGCUGAAAAGCUCAUCCCUGGUAUUCCAGAAGAGACGAGAAUUGCUAUUCUGCAACAAACCAAACUUACAGAUGAAAAGACUGAGGGGAACCCGAAAGUCCAGGGAAGCGAUGAGCCGUCUGUGCUGGAGCAAGUCAUUGAAAAGGCCACUGCUAAACAUGCCAUUGAGCAGGACAUUAAAGGUCUCACAGAAGGCAUAAACGCUUCCGACCCAUUCACACCAGUCAGGGCUUUGAGACAGCUCAAGCAUCAGAAACAUCAAGAGCGCCUCUUUCGUCUGGACAAAGAUGCUCGACUUCGUAGCGGUGCUCGUGGUAUGGCAGCUCGAAAAGCGCUGACAGCAUAUGAAAAGGUUGUAGAAGAGUCAAAUAACCUACUUGAGCAGCCAAAUGCAGAAAUCUCACCUGAAGCUCUCAAAGACGAGACCCAGGAAGCAGUUGAUAUGCUUGCAGACCUUCAACUCCAAGUCGAUCCAACUCGUGUAUCAGAAAUCGAAUCCAAAGCCAAAAAGAUCCUCACAGGCUUGGGCUUCUCUGAAACUCUCAUCCAGAAACCCAUUUCAAGCUUAUCCGGCGGUUGGCACAUGCGCGCCUCUCUCGCCACGGCUCUGGUUCAAGAAACAGACAUUCUCAUUCUUGACGAGCCGACCAAUUUCCUAGACCUAUUAGGAAUCAUAUGGCUACAACGCUACCUGCAAGGUCUAGAAGAGACUGAUAACCCGCCUACUCUCAUCCUCGUAUCGCACGAUCGCGACUUUACGUCUCUCUGCACAGAUCUUCUUAUUCUCAAGGAUAAACAACUCACUUAUUUCCAUGGAGAUUUACCGACCUAUGAAGAAUCGCAGAGUGAGCGAAAGCAAUGGCUCACUACAAUGAAAGAAGCACAGGAUAAGCAAAAGGCACAUAUCGAAAAGUCUAUCGCCGCCAAUAUGAAAGCUGGCAAGGCAAACGACGACACUAAUAAGCUCCGUCAAGCAAAGUCUCGUCAGAAGAAACUUGAUAACCGCUGGGGGUUACAGGUCAGUGCAAAGGGUGGUCGAUUCAAGCUCAACAGAGAUCUUGUGGGCUAUCACUUGACUGCGCGUGAGGACAUCGAUAUUCCGCCCGAGGAUCGUCCUGUUGUGGUGAAUCUGCCUGAACCACCUGAUCUACGUUUCCCUGGCGCUCUAAUGUCUCUUGAGAAAGUUGCAUUUCGCUACUCAUCCAAGACCCCUCUUGUUGUGCAGGAUAUCACACUUUCUGUCGGCAUGGGAGAUCGUAUCGGGAUUCUUGGUCUCAACGGUGCUGGCAAGUCAACUCUUAUAAAGCUUCUCGUUGAAGAAUCUCGACCGACAGCGGGAACUCUAACGACUCAUCCAAGACUUAAGCUGGGAUACUACUCUCAACACGCUGUUGAAGCUCUGCAGACACUCGGUCGCGCAGAACCCACGCUCACGGCACUCGCACUUCUGACUCGAGAAGUCGAAGGUGAACUCACAGAGGGAGAUCUCCGCGGCCUAUUGGGCCAACUUGGUCUUCCAGGCCGGAUAGCAUCAGAUGUACCACUAUGCAAACUAUCAGGAGGACAAGUCGUACGGUGUGAACUAGCUCGACUCUUCUGGCGCCGACCACAUUGUCUUGUACUCGAUGAAGUCACCACCCAUCUUGAUUAUGAGACUGUCACAGCGUUACGCGAGGCGCUUAGAGAUUGGGAGGGCGCUGUGAUCCUGGUGAGUCACGAUCGAUGGUUCAUGCGAGGUGUGAUAGAGGGUGCGAGGGAGGAGGAUGAAGAGUCAGAAGAGGAUGACGAUGAGGAGAUUGUGAGGAGGCGAGUUGUGUAUAGAUUGAAGGGAGGGGCAAUGAGUAAGUUGGAGAAUGGGGUGGAUGCGUUUGAGCAGCUUAUGGAGAAGAGGGUCAAGAAGCUGCUUCAGGACUAG